CAAACGUGCGUCACGCACGUUAUCUGCUCAAUUUCCAUAUGUGACACCGCCCAGGGGGCAGAGCAUGUUGAUCCGCGGUGGCGUGGAUUGAACAAACCGCACGGACAGGACGAAAACACAUGAGAAAAGUUCAGGGGGGGACUGCUGUUUUCGAACAGGCGGGGUGUUUCGACACACAGUAUACGGCUCGACUGGGCUUUGCCCCACUUUGACACCGCGGUAUGGACGCUUUGAAAUCCGCCGGAAGGGCGAUAAUACGAAGUCCCAGCAUCGCGAAACAGUCAUGGGGAGGUGGCAGACAUAAAAAGCUUCCAGAGAACUGGACAGACACGAGGGAGACCCUUCUGGAGGGCAUGGUGUUCCAGCUCAAGUACCUGGGGGUCACAAUGGUUGAGCAGCCUAAAGGAGAAGAGCUGUCAGCAGCUGCUGUCAAGAGGAUAGUGGCCACAGUGAGACGCCGUGCACACAAACACAAACACGCCAAAGCCAGUGGGAAAAAGCUCCAGAAAGUCUCAUUAACAGUGUCCCCUCGCGGAAUCAUCCUUUACGACAGUGCCUCCAACCAGCUGAUAGAAAACAUUUCCAUUUACAGAAUAUCCUAUUGCACAGCAGAUAAAAUGCAUGACAAAGUGUUUGCCUACAUCGUCCAGAGCCAACACAAUGAGGCACUCGAGUGUCAUGCCUUCCUCUGCACAAAGAGAAAAGUGGCACAAGCGGUAACCCUAACAGUGGCACAGGCUUUCAGGGUGGCAUUUGAAUUCUGGCAGGCUGCCAAGGAAGAAAAGGAGAAGCGAGUGAAGUCCGGUUCAGAUGGUGAAGGAGUCAACAGCUCCCAGUCAGACAGCUCAGCGAGCCUUGGCAGCCUGAAGGAAGGAGAGGUAACCGCAACAAAACUCCUAGAUUUGGCAGAAGGCGCCAAUGUAACGUUGGUCAGCUCAGGAACAAUACCAAUGGAUUUGAAUUCCUUCACAGUGCAUAAUCAUGCAACUGAGAACAACAAUACAGUAUGGGAGCUUGAGGAUGGUCUAGAUGAGGCCUUUUCAAGCCGCAGUCUGGAUAGCUUUGAAUCCUGCUCAGACUCGCUGAGUCUCGCACUAACCCCCAGGUCCUGGACAUUGGGGUAAACCCUCAGGAUUUCACCACUGAUGAGUGCCUAUCCCCGGGCAAAUGGGACCAGGAAGACACAGACUUCCCAGCACAAAAAGACUCUCCAGGGUUCUAAUUGACAGCUUCCGCCAAGAUAGAGACCGACAGGGAAAACGACGAAGACAGCUGGGGGGUUUCCACAGCCCAUUGACUUCACCUGAUGGUUCAGACCGGCGGCUCUCAGGUGCUUCUGCAUCGACUCAACCAGAGGUUGACACAAGCAGGCCAAAGCAAUAUGAAAAUAUGAAACCAGUUUAUUUUCUACAAAAACCCGCAGUCAUUUGAUGUUUGUUACAGUCGGUGUAUUUCUUUUUACAUCUCAUCAAUUCACUGUAUGUAUUGUGCUUGUGGAUAUAUAUAUAUUUUUUUUCUUCCUUUCCCCCCCCCCCCCCUUACACCAUGUUUAAGAGUUGAGUUUUAUGUGAGGCAAGAGAACUAGAACUUCAGUUUAGCACAACAGGUCGAUUGUCUAAAAGUGUACUGUUAAGGAUGUCGAUGUUUCAGUUUUACUCCAUGGUGAAUGUCACCAAAGCACCAAUAUUCUCUCAUAUUGGGCAACACUUGUUGCUACCUGUGUGCAUCGAAUACAGGCUUUAAGGAAAUGCAUGAAUGUGUAUGAGAGAAGAUAAAUGACAAUCCUAUUCCCCCCCACCUCCCAAAUGCAAAAUCUAUUUUUGCACUGUGCACGUAUCCAUGUUUAAAAGCACAUCUUUCAUGUAAGGGAAUUUAAUGUCAAAAUGAUUUCUGUAACCUAUGUUCAUUCAUACCUUGAAUAGAGUGGAGUAACCUUUCUUACUUGCAUUAUAUAAACACCUUUAGCAUUUAGAUGGCUGCUUAAAUUCACCAUAAGAAGUCUAGCACAGAGACAUGUUGGUGGAACACUGAAGUCUCCAUACUGUAUUUCCAAUGAUUUAAAAAAACAAACAAACUGAUAAUGCCUGAUGGCUUUAUUCCUUUGUCCUUUGCAAACCCCAGAAGCCACAUUGACUGUGCUAAUAAGAACCAUUCAAAAAAUGGGAGGGCAGUGUAUUCAACUGUUUGGUGCAUUGAUCAAUUUUUUGGGGGCUUCACACUUCAGUGUUAUUUUUGUACCUUUUUGUUUCAUGUAUGAAUUUAACUUAACAGAAUUUGCAUUAAAUUUCAAUAUGAAAUACA